AUGUCGCUCUCGUUCUCCGUCCUAAAUCCGUGCCAACCGCGAGCCGCACAGAUACAGUGACGUCAGCUCCGAGACACUGAACCAAACACAUCAAGCCCACUGGCUCCGCUGCUGCGAGACGGGAAGCAUCGGUCAGGAUCGGCCAUAUUAAGCGUCACAUCUUUCAAUCCCUUCUGCGAUCUCAAUCGUUCUCGCUUCGGAACAAGCUCUCUGCGUGAGAUAACUUGCAAGCAUGUCCGCCAAUUCGAGCGAGGGGCCGGGUUUGGAUGGGAAAUGGUUCGAGGAGGAGGAGGAGAAGAACGGGAUGUUUGGGAGCGCAGGGCCCCGCUUCGACGAGAUGCGGGACGAUUUGCUCGCGCCCAAGCAACAAUUCCAUCCCUUUGAAGGAAGCGGCGUUGCCAUGGAAACUGCAUCUACAGAUGACUCUCUGUCUGACAUGUUUAUGAAGUCAUCGCCAGGAGAGGGUGAUCUAUACACCUCUCUUCUUUCCUCAAAGUCCUCCUCCAAUCCUUUUAAUGAUGGUGCCUCUCUCUUCUCCUCUGAGGGCAACCGUUCUCCACCUGCUCCCACUGGAACCGACUCUGGAAUCGCCAUGACCCCAGGUGACCCCUCAGACCAUCAGACAACCCUGCAGGGCUCACACAAGGCUGACCAUUACAGCUACAUGGACAUGGGGGAUGAUCUCUGUGAUUUUGGUAGUGUGGGCAAUGCCAAAAACAAGCAGCAGCCUCCAAUGUCUGGCUAUGGAGAUGACGAAGAUGAUGAGGACGAAGACGAAGAUGACAUCCAGGACUUCAAGUCUAAGAUUCAUGAAAAGGAUAGUAAGGAAUCCAGCCAUGACCCCUUCGAUCUGGGUCGCUAUUUGGAGAAGAGCCCUCUUGGAUCUGAAGAAACGAAGGUGAAGAACAGUCAGGAAUCGGCCGGCGGGCAGCAUGCCUUUCCAUACGUGGAGGAUCCUUCGGAUGAAGAGAUGGCAGAUUUCCGAUCGUACCGUAGGAUGGAAACGCCACAGAGUGCUAGUCCUGUAAAGAUCACCGUGACAACAGAGUCCCACUCUGCCACGACCCAGCCAGUGAGAGAGUCUCCACAAGGGGGCAUGUUCGAGAGAGAGAGUGUGCUCAGUUUUGGUCAGCAGGGUCUUCCCACUGUAACAUUGUCAGAACCAGAGGACGACAGCGCGGCCUCGUCAGCUAACCACUCCCCGAACCACUCACCUACAGGUCGCGAGUCUCCAUCUGAUGUGCUGUUCCAGCCUGCAGGAAUGAAGUCUGUGAGCUCCACCCAAGAUUCCAGCAGCAUCAGCUCUCAUCCCAAUCUUCCUGCAGCCCAGGACAUCAAGAGUUCAGCCAAACCCUCAUCCCCGUGGGAUCAAGACCUUCACGGCAGCGAAGACGAGUCUGGAGAUUCAGAAAUUGAGCAAGUGGCUGAAGAUUCUGAUUCGCCGAUACACGACUUGACAUCAAAGACCCCGCCCACAAAAGGCGGAUUCAGUCCAGCAAGCAACCCAUUUGAGCAGACCAGUUAUACAUCUGCCACUGAUAAAGCUAGUAACCCAUUUGACAAGCCACAAACCAACAAGGUCAGUGUUAGUAACCCAUUUGAGCCACCUGGGGGAACCAAGGUGGGCUUUGGUCAAUCCAGCAACCCUCCACUUUAUAGUCUGUUACGUGAGGAAAGGGAGGCGGAGCUCGACAGCGACCUGCUAAUCGAAUCGGCUUCUGAAGAAAGUCCCAAGAGGGAGCAGGAAUAUUCUGCCCCAAAACCUCCUGAAACAUCAUCUCCCCUGACUACAAGCGUCACAUCCUCGAAGCCCAUCACAACCUCCUCCCCUCCGACCUCUCCCUUCAACGACCCCCCAGCCAACACCCUGAGAGAAACAGAGAAAGAAAAAGAGAAGGAAAAGGAGAAAGCAGUGCCUGUUGAGAAGCCCAAGCCGCAACCAGAGGACGGCUGGUCCACCAAACCCAGGCCUGCAGUAAUGGGAACGUCUACAGUGACUCCGGAGCAGAACUCAGGCCAGGAGAAGGAGAAUAAAAGCAAAAGCAAUAUUGUGAGUUCUACCACAGAGAAAGAGGCUGAUCUGUCCUUGUUACUCCAUAACUUCAGCAGACAGAAAGUCAUGGGUGGUUCAGUGGUCGAUCUGUUACAUUGGCGGGAUCUGAAGCAGUCAGGACUGGUGUUCGGCAGCGUGUUGCUGCUGCUGUUCUCUUUAACCCAGUUCAGUGUGGUGAGCGUUAUUGCGUAUCUCGCUCUGGCUGUCCUCUCCGCUACCGUCAGCUUCCGAAUCUACAAAUCAGUCCUGCAGGCAGUGCAAAAAACCGACGAGGGCCACCCCUUCAAGGCCUAUCUGGAGGUGGAGAUCGCUCUCUCUGCAGAUCAGAUCAGUAAGUAUGUGGAUAAGACUCAGCUGUACAUCAACACUACCGUGAAGGAGCUUCGCAGGCUGUUUCUGGUUCAGGAUCUGGUCGACUCCAUUAAGUUUGCAGUGUUGAUGUGGUUGUUGACAUAUGUUGGAGCGCUGUUUAAUGGCCUGACCCUGUUGAUUCUGGCUGUAGUUUCCAUGUUUAGCGUGCCAGUGGUUUAUGAAAAGUACCAGACGCAGAUUGAUCAGUACUUAGGGCUGGUGCGCACCCAGGUUAACUCAAUAAUGGGAAAGAUUAGAGAAAAGGUUCCUGGGGCCAAAAAGAAGGAAUAAACUCUUUGCUUCUGUACAAGUAAACACUAUAGCCAGUAAAAACUACAACUUUUGCCAGCACUGAAGGACAACAACUACACAGGAGGCCAAUAUAUCACAUCAAAAAAUAAUGAUAAAAAAGCAUCAACAAAAAAAAGAUGGUCAUGUUAAUGUAACGGCACCAAUAAACCCCCCUCCCCUGUUGCCAGUCACAGGUGAAGCCCUGCAUAAAUUACUAACACUGAUUCACAUUAAUGACACCUUGUGGGCGAUCGUAGAGUUAUAGAUAUACCAGAGGGACACACACGCAGUGCUUCUCUCUUUCAUUGCUUCCGAUUUUUAAGUGCAUGAAGUCCAGUCUUGAGUAAAUAUUUGCUAUCUCUGCAGUGCUCUUCCUCUCUCUGCUUUAUUUUGCAGUGCAUAUUUCCUGCUGUAAAACGUGACAUGAAAAUCAUGCCUGUCAUAUAAUCUCCUGCUGCCAUGUCGAUUAAUCGCUUAAUUCAACGUCACUGCUAGAGUGGCUCUGUGUACAGACAUACUUAUUAAUAUCAAGUUGAAUUGUGGAUUUUUUUUGUGUAUUCGAGCACAAUGAUAAUUUGAGGAUGUUAUUACUAAAUGUGUAACUGUAAUUUUUGCAGAAUUGUAGGGAUACGUGUAGGUGUUUAAAGACAUGCUUUGUGGUCCUUCUCUAGGGCAAAUGAUGGUCAGACUGCAGAGCUAAACUCUGUGCAACUUUGUACGAUGUUCAGUGUUCAGUUAUUUUAAGGUCUUUAACUAUUUGCACUCGGUAUUUAAUUGACGAAUGAGAAAAAUAAAUGUUCCUUAAUGUAA